AUGGCGCUCAAUAUCUCUUCUCCAGCUGAAGUCAAGUCCCUUUUUUUCUCUGAUUCCUUCAAGCCUAAUUGCCUUACAGCAAAAUUUCCAGGAGGUUUUGCUUUUAAAAGAAAAGAGUGCGGAAGGCGAGUUAAUUGCUCACUGCAGGCACCGCCACCACCAGCCUGGCCGGGACGAGCGGUUCCAGACCAAGUUGGCAAGACUUGGGAGGGUCCAAAACCCAUUUCUAUAGUGGGAUCUACUGGUUCUAUUGGAACGCAGACACUUGAUAUUGUGGCAGAGAAUCCAGAAAAGUUCAAAGUUGUGGCCCUUGCAGCUGGUUCAAAUGUUACUCUUCUUGCAGACCAGAUAAAAACAUUUAAGCCUCAACUUGUUUCUGUUAGAAAUGAGUCCCUAAUUGCUGAACUUGAAGAGGCCUUGCAUGAUGUUGAACGGAAACCUGAGAUCAUCCCUGGAGAGCAGGGAAUCAUUGAGGUUGCUCGUCACCCAGAUGCAGUCAGUGUAGUCACAGGAAUAGUAGGAUGUGCAGGACUGAAGCCAACAGUUGCUGCGAUAGAAGCAGGGAAAGACAUAGCUUUGGCCAACAAAGAGACAUUAAUUGCAGGAGGUCCUUUUGUUCUUCCUCUUGCUCAGAAGCAUAAUGUAAAAAUACUUCCAGCUGAUUCAGAACAUUCUGCCAUUUUUCAGUGUAUUCAGGGGUUGCCAGAGGGUGCACUUAGGCGCAUUAUUCUAACUGCAUCUGGAGGUGCUUUCAGGGAUUUGCCAGUUGAUAAACUGAAAGAUGUUAAAGUAGCUGAUGCAUUAAAACAUCCCAACUGGAAUAUGGGGAAAAAGAUAACUGUGGACUCUGCUACACUUUUUAAUAAGGGUCUAGAAGUAAUUGAAGCACAUUACUUGUUCGGAGCUGAUUAUGAUCAUAUUGAGAUUGUUAUUCAUCCGCAAUCAAUCAUACAUUCAAUGAUUGAAACACAGGAUUCAUCUGUUCUUGCACAGCUGGGGUGGCCUGAUAUGCGGCUGCCGAUCCUCUAUACGUUAUCAUGGCCCGAGAGGGUUUAUUGUUCUGAAGUCACUUGGCCACGCCUUGAUCUGUGCAAGCUUGGUUCACUUACAUUUAAAAGUCCAGAUAAUGUAAAGUACCCAUCCAUGAAUCUUGCCUAUGCUGCUGGGCGUGCUGGAGGAACAAUGACAGGAGUUCUUAGUGCAGCAAAUGAGAAAGCUGUAGAGAUGUUUAUUGAUGAAAAGAUUAGUUAUUUGGAUAUAUUCAAAGUGGUGGAGCUAACAUGUGAGAAGCAUCAAAGUGAAUUGCUGUCAUCGCCUUCCCUGGAGGAAAUUAUUCACUAUGACCUGUGGGCACGGAAAUAUGCUGCUAGUUUGCAAGACUCUUCCAGCUUGACCCCUAUUCUUGCAUGA